GUCUCAUAUCUAUUAAUAAUUCAGAAUUAUUCACUCGUCUCCAUUAUUUGUCCAAAUUGGUUUAAAACCUGCGCACGUUUUCAUUCUUCCACAUUGUUCCGAUUGCCAGGAGAUACCAACAAGCCACGUACACUGAAGACCCGACGAUGCAGUUAACUCUAGUUUUAGGCUGCCUUGCGCUGGUCAUCACGAUGGGGGUUCAACGAGCAUGUGGUGCCUUCAAAUCAGGGAGUGCAUAUAGGCAAAACUGGGGGUUCAAAAGGUCAGGGGGGAACAUCGCUAAUGACCUCUUCAAGCAGCGACCUGAUUGGCUGUCCGCUAUGCUACUCACCCCUUCUGAUCUGGGUCAAAGUGCAUCAAUUCCAAUACCUGUUAGAGAAAUGGUACUCCAACUUACACAGGAUCCAGAACUAGCAUCUUACUUGGUCAGGGAAUUUGUGGACCAAAACGGUGAUGGUUUCAUAAACGAAGCGGAGUUCUUAAGAAGGAUGAAGUAGACGGUUCCAGAUGUGCCUUAUACGAUUAACCGUUUCGCAUACGAAGCACUUGACUGUAUGUCUGCAUGAAUGAGCCCGCUUCAGCAACAUUAGUUUGAAUUUAAAUCGAUUAAAACUGAAUGUAUGUCUGUAUCAAUGACACAUACUAGUGUUUCUUCUAACUGUGAUUUUACCUCACUCCGUCUACUGAUAUGAACUGUAAGCACACACACCACAGUAUGUGUGAACGUUUUUCGAAAGCUGGAAAAUAAACUGUCGUGUCUGCAAUUUGUCACACAUACUUGUGGUGGCAGGGUGGUAGUUGUUGCUCUAAUAACGGUGUUCAGGUUAUGACAUACCAUCUGCAGCAAAACAAUGCCUUAGAUGAUCACAUUCUAUUGUCAUCAAUAUAUUUAUAUAUAUAUACCAUAUGUUAGUUCUCAUGAAAAUGUUUUGUUUUCCUUUUUGAAAAAAUAAAAUGAAAUGUAUACAGCCAAA